AUAAUACCCUCUCCGGUUUGCACACCAAACUUGCAGACAAAAUUGAUUUAUAAUUUUGUGUAUUUAAGAGCUGUAGAAAUUGAAAUGAAGAAGAAAUAAAUUCUUGGUUGAAACAUUGUGGCGCCAUUUGUUUCCACCUACUAAUCUUUCAAAAAAAUCAAAUAUUUUCCUCCUCCUCUCGCUACAAAGCUAGUUGAAAACGAAGAUUUAUGGAGGUAGACAGAGAGAGCACGGACUCCGGCUUUGAUUCGCCACCGCUGAGUGGUGGCGGCGGCGGUGGAAUGGUUUCUGAGGUGGUGGUAGGUGUGGAGAAGAGCGCGGCGGUGGUGAAUAUGGGCGGAGGUGGCGCCGCCGUUUUGGGUGGUGGAAAUAGCGAUUUAGCGACGGGGAAGAAGAAGAGAGGGAGGCCUAGAAAGUUUGACGCCGAUGGCAACUUGAAUCCGGCGUAUAUCAAAUCCCCGACGGCGAUGAAGGCCGCUUCCGGCUUUACUAUAUCAACGCCAAGGUCGUUUGACAACUCCUCCGCCUCCAAAAGAGGCCGCGGUAAACACUCAGCUACCGGAAACUGGCAAAUUUAUGCGUCUUUAGGUGAACUGUUUGCAAACACGGCAGGAGUGGAUUUUACGCCGCAUGUUGUGACUGCACAUACAGGAGAGGAUGUUGCUGGGAAGAUACUCACCUUUGCUCAGAAGGGUGACAGAGGGGUCUGUGUUCUUUCUGCUAAUGGAUCUGUCUCCAAUGUUACGCUUCGCCAGCCUGGUAUGUCGGGCGGGCUACUCACAUAUGAGGGGCGUUUUGAGAUUUUAACUCUAAGGGGAUCAUACACAGUUUCUGAUAAUGGUGGAAUGAAAAGCCGAUCUGGUGGAUUAACCGUUUCACUAGCUAGCCCUAAUGGUCGCGUAAUAGGUGGUGGCGUUGCAGGUCUGCUCAUGGCAGCUAGUCCAAUCCAGAUUGUUGUUGGGAGCUUCGUGCCAAACGGUUUCAAGAUGCAGAAACAAAAGCAGCAGCGCGAGCCAAGAGUUGCUCCUUCAGUCCAGUUCCCUCUGGCCACCACAGUGACUGCAGCGACACCAAUAUCACAGGCUCCACCACUGACAAACAUCUUUCCCAACCCGGCACCACAUUACCCGGGAGAGGCCAACAACAGCUUAAGCAACAAAGAGCACCCAAAUUCCGCGUCUACUGACAACACCGCUGAUUGGAAUGGCUCUGAUCACAAAGGCUCGUACCCUGACAUUAACAUUUCCGUAUCUGUCGAGGAGCACUGAUCGAAUGCAGUCACUGUUUCAGUUGGUGUUUCGGAUGCAGUUAGCUCUAGCCUCUUAUGUUCUUAGUCAUCGCUAGAAAUCACCAGAUAUUUUUCUCUCUUUACUUUUUUGUCCAUGACUCUGUUUCUCUAUAAAAUUAUGUUUACUUAAUUAUCUCA